AUGUAUAUAUUUAUAUGUAUAUAUUCAACGUUUCUUUUGGCUGUUUACACACUCUUCUUUAUUGCCUCAUUUUAUGCGUAGGUGUAAAUCGUCUCAGCCCUGUAUUUGUAUAUAUGUAUAUACACAUAUACGUAUAUGCAUCUAUGUAUAUGACUAAGUAUAAUCCACAAUUAUAUUUACAUAUGCGUAUACAAGAUAUACUUUUCACAGCCCAUACAUAUGUAUGUAUGUAUGUAUGUAUGUUUUGUAUUUACGAAUUAAAGUAAAACAGAUGUGGCAAUGAACGCGUUGUAAACCAAAAGAAAUACUACAGAAAUCAUCAAGUAAGAAUAAUUAAAUUAAAGGGUGAGGCACUGCCUGUUAAUAUUUUAAAUCUUUUUUUUUGUAUGUAUGUGUGCAUUCAAAUACAAAAUUAUUAGGAAAAUUAUUUUUUAAAGCAACGUGUUGCACAGGUGUUCAUUGUUGCAUAUGCAAUAUACAUACACAAACUGCAUAGGUACAUACAUAUACUAUGCAUGUAUGUAUGUACAAUAAUUUGGUUCAGGUUUGCUAUUAAUUGUUUAAAUACCCCUAUUUGCAACUGAUAGAUUUUAAUAUAAUUAGCUGAAAGGUGACAGAUUUUGAAUAGAACCAUCUAUAUAUUAUACAUGUAUGUACAUAUAUUAUCAUUGUGUAAUGUGAAGCUAUAAUAUACACAAAGAAUGUGAAAUUAUUAAUAUAUGUAUGUCCAACCAAAUGGUUUAACGGAUAUUCUAUUCAGAUAAUUUCAAAUAUGCCACCUAUUACUUUACUGAAAGCGUUCAAUAUUAUUCGUACAUACAUGUAUGUACAUUAUAAAUUGUUCAUUUGUUCUUAUGUCUUUAAUUAAUAUAAAGUUCAAAAAAGAGGGGCUUUUUUAAAUGUUGAAAUUAGUAUAUACAUAUAUCUAAAUAUACUUACAUUUUGAAAUUAACUGAAUAACAAAUAUUCAUUUACAUUAAUUCCAAUCAUUUACAAAGUGUGUACAGUAGUUUUCCGAAAUAACGAAUAUUCGUUUUAACGAAAACCGCUUAUAACGACAAGAAAAUUUGUUACAUUAAGUACCUUAAAUAACGAACAUCGGGGAUUUGUAAGUACUCGGUUUAACGAAUAACACGAAGAAGACAUAUGUAGAAAGAGUUAAAAAUCAAAUAAAAUCGUGGUAAAAGUAGAAUUACAAAUAUAACUUGAAAAAAUUUAUUUGAAAUGUGCAAAUUGAAAAAAUGCCUACAAGGAAAGUUAGUGAAUUUGAUAGAAAACCUCAAAUUAUUGAUCAGCAGCAAUUUAAGUGACACUAAAUAAGAAUAGAAGUGGCAAGGAAGAAGAAUAUUAGUGGUACUCAUUAAUGUUUUUCCCCCGAAUGUGACCGCAGCUUUGCAGCCAAUGGACCAAAAUCCCAUAAAGUUAACUAAGCUGAUUUAUAGAAAUAAGUUACUUGUGCAGCUAUUAGCUAAAGGAGGAGAUUUAAACUGUCUUUUAAAACGGCAUUCAGUCCGAGAUGCCAUAUUUUUAUUGAAACAAACAUGGGAUGAGUUGCCGCAAAAUGUAAUUAAAAAGGCUUGGUCAAAAGUACUGAACCUGGACUCUGGCGAGUUCGAUAGCGAGGAUGAUUUGCCACUGGCACAAUGGAUAUUGCAAAACCAGGAUAACAAGCUCAAGCUCUAUUAAAAGAACUUGACCCAAACAGUUCCAUGUCUGUAGAAGACAUUGAAGACUGGAAUGGAGACUUCAACGAGGCAAAACUUGAUGACGAAGACAUUAACCAAUAGGAAAUAAUCGAAAUCGAACCAUCCAUAUCUUAUUCCCUUGAAUUUCAUUGAAUCUUUUUACAAACUUUCUAGAUACAUCCUCAUUCGAUUCUUUAUGAAUUUCGAUCAUAAUUUAUCUUGCUAACUUAAAAGGAUCGGCUUAAGGAGAUUUUCCUUUUUUUCUCAUGAUGCAUAUAAGUGCCAUUUUUUCCGAAAUGCAAUGUUUUCCCGUGUCAUUUUUACAAAAUUUCAACGAAAUAAAAAUUGAUUUACAAAAUAUAAUUAAAAAGAUAUUUCUGGUGUUUCGUUUUUUCUCAUUAUGCAUAUAAGUGCCCUAUUUUCCGUCCCAUUUUUACAAAAUUUCCGAUUUCGUUGAUUUUAAGAUGGGUAAUGUCACAAUAGAAACGCAAUAUGUGUGCAAAGUUUUGUUCCGAUAUUUUCACUGGUGCUUAAUUUGUAGAUUGCUAAGUGAGCAAAUCAGAUGCGCUUCAAAAUUGUGGUAUAAGCAAAAUAGGCGUGGUUGUAAACCAAUUUGUCCCAUUUGCGUGUUAUUGGGAUGCCAAGGAAAUGUUACGAACCAAAUUUUGUUGAAAUUAGUCGAGUAGUAUCUGUGAUAUGUUUUUUGACCCAUAAAUGAGCGGAGCCACACCCAUUUAAAAUUUUGUAUAGAAAUUUGAGCACCAUCUGUUCAAUCUUUACCAUGCAAUUUAAGGUUUUUGGUGUUUUCCCUUACUGAAUUAAAGGAUUUUCAGUAGUUUUUAAAAUAACUUUGUAUGCGAGGUGGUUAUAAUGCGAUUUCCUCCAUUUUUAGACUGUAUAAGGAGGUGUGUAAAAGAAACGACCCUAGAGAGUUUGGUUGAUAUAGCUUUAGUAGUUUACCAGUGGGUUACGCCCACUUUCCCAAAAAAAAAAAAAAAAAUGCAUCCAAAUAUGUCCUUUCUCAAUACGAUCGUUUGUACAAAAUUUAACUUUAAUAAUGGCUUAGUUAUGGCACUUCAUGAGCUUCAUAACUUGUAAGAUUUUAAUGUUCCGGUAAUUCACGGCUUAAAAAUCAGUUGUGCUAUUUAUAUGUAUUUUCUUGGCUGUAUGUAUACGUAUUAGUUUCUAAAAGUCUUUUUGGUCGACACGUGCUGGCUGUAAAACAUAGCCUAGUUAUUUUACAUCUGUAAAAUAUUCGAUCAAUUUUUGUAUUCAACGAACCAAUUGCUGAGAGCGAGAAAUACAUUUUUAUACUCUCGCAACAAAGCUGCUACGAGAGUAUUCUAGUUUUGUCCACAUAACGGUUGGUUGUAAGUCCUAAAACUCAACGAGUUAGAUAUAGGGUUAUAUAAAUCAAAAUGAUCAGGGUGUCGAGAAAAGUUCAAAUCCGGAUGUCUGUCUGUCCGUCCGUCCGUGCAAGCUGUAACUUGAGUAAAAAUUGAGAUAUCUUGAUGAAACUUGGAAGACGUAUUUCUUGGCACCAUAAGAAGGUUAAGUUCGAAAAUGGGCGUAAUCGAACCACUGCCACGCCCACAAAAUGGUGAAAUCCGAAAACACUUAAAGUGCCAUAACUAAGCUAUAAAUAAAGCUAUGGAAGUAAAAUUUGGUAUGAAGAAUCGCACUAUGAAGAAGCAUAUGUGGAUGUAAUGUGGAUGGGGAAGUGGGCGUGGCCCCGCCCCCUACUAAGUUUUUUGUACAUAUCUCGCAAACUACUAAAGCUAUAUCAAGGAAACUUUCUAGAGUUAUUUAUUUUAGGUACUUCCUUAUAGAGUCCAAAAAUAUAGGAAAUCGGAUUGUAACCACGCCCACCUCCCAUACAAAGGUUAUGUUGAAAACUACUAAAAGUGGGUUAACUCGCUAAUGAAAAACGCCAGAAACAGUAAAUUUCACAUAAAAAAUGGCAUAUGGAAGCUGCACUCAGAUUUUUUUACAAAAUGUAAAAUGGGCGUGGCAUCGCCCACUUAUGGGUCAAAAACGAUAUCUCAGGAACUACUUGACCGAUUUCAAUGAAACUUGGUUUGUAGUAGUUUCCUUACAUCCCAAUGAUAUGUUGUGAAAAUAGGACAAAUCUCUUUACAACCACGCCUACUUCCUAUAUACCAGAACUUUGAAGACGAUCUGAAUCGUUUACUUUACAAUAUAUAAAGUAAGCACUAGUGAAGAUAUCGAUGCUGAACUUUGCACAAAUACUACGUUUAUAGUGUGGCAGCCCCAUUCUAAAAAUCGCCAAAAUCGGACCAUAGAUUUUCAAGCCCCAUAUAUCGAACAUGACGACCUCGAUGCUUCUAACCUAAUAUUAGGGUUUCCAAAUUUCAAUGGACUUUAUACUAACUACUUUAAUAUUAAUAAAGUUAAAUAAAUAAAUUGCGAGAGUAUAAAAUGUUCGGUUACAUCCGAACUUAGCCCUUCCUUACUUGUUAGUAGUUUAGAAUAAUAAAAUUUGCUUAUUUGAACAGGUUUUGGUAAAAGGAUUCCAGAAGUGUAUGAUUUAAUUUAAUAGUAUGUAAGGGAAAUUAAUAAUCUAGUCACACUGAAUGUAAUAUUUAUAUUUUUAAUUUUUGCCUCACAGUUUGAAUAUACAUAUGUAGUUGAUACUUUUGUAGCUGAUUUGAUUUUACAAUGAGUAUUUGCCAUUUUAAUUUGUUUAAACACAAUGCUACAGUGCUAUCAGCAAUUAGCUUUUUAUAGCUGUAGCGGAAACCAGAACUCCAAAAUUGAUAGCUGUAGUUCCAGGUAUAGCAAUGGUAUUAUGGUAUGGUACAAUUAAUUGAAAAGUUUGUUGCCCAUACUACUGGUUGGAUUGACAUUACAUUAUUAUGGUUCUGACACCAUUCAAUUAAUCUUUAAAUGCAACCUUCGUCAAUCAUAGUGAAAAUGUUUUUCUCAUAAAAAUCUGUCGUUCGUAAGCAACUUAAACCAUGUAAGGUUAUUCAUUGUUCAUUCAGUAAGUAAAUUUCGCUUAAAAUGUUAAAUUUUAGAUAUUUUCCUUCUGGUGGGCUUUAUACCUUAUAUGUACAUAUAUUGUCGACUUAAUAAACAAGAAUAUUUCUCUUGUAUGUAUGUUAUUAGCGUUCAACCGUUUAGCUGGUUAUAGCCGAAUCGAUGAGAGUGCAUAUUUCUCUUAGGAUAAUUUAAUUCGGUUACAAAAAUUAUUAAUUUCGUAUAUAGUUUUUUACAGCACUUCGACUAUAAAGCAAAAUAUAUGAAUGAAUUUAAGUGAGACCAUUGUGUAUAAUACAAAUUAUUCUAAUACUAAACAUUAGAUUAAAAUCGUUUAACAAUUUUGUCUAAUAUCUAAAUUACAUAAAUAUUUCAAUACUUAGCUUUCCCUUUUUUGUUUUAAAAUAAAAAAAUUCAGACACCUAAAAAAAUAUUUCAGAUGCCUUUAAUUUUACUAAGUUGCGAUUACCAAGUCCGUAACUGUGUUUGUGAAAUAUAAAAGUGUAGUUGCUUUUUUUAAAACAGCUGAUUAGAUUUCAAACAAUAUUGUAUGUACAUAUAGUACAUAUAACGUAUAAAUAAAUCUUUACAUCUCUGCCCAAUUAACUUAAAAGGAAUUACCCAAGUACUUACCGUGAUAAUCGUGAAUGGAGUAUAAAAUAUCAUAAUCGUACCAUGAGUACGUAUGUAUAUAUAAAAUAGAAAUUAUAGCAUAUAUAUAUAUAUAUGAAUAUGUGUAUAUAUAAUAUUAUAUAUCCUAUGAAUACCUUAUUCGGAGAUAGUCAGUAAUCCACAUACGAAAAACGAUUACCAAGUCUAAACACGUUGCUUCAGUAUGCGCAUGACACUCCAAAAUUAACGUUACUCGUUCCAAAAAAAUAUGUAUGCAUAUUUUACGCUUUCAUUUUUUAGAUAUUCAUAGUAUAACAAAUUGUACUCAUAAUAUAAAAAACUUUUAUUUUAACUUGUGAUUUUCAAACACAUCUGGUCUUACAAAAGGCAAUUUUUAAAACUAAUAUUAAUACAAUAUUAUUGUACUUAAUAAAGGAACGAAAUAACAUAAUUAAAAACAAAACUCUUAUACUUUAACUUUAUUUAUUUUACAAUUAAACAAUUGUUCAUAAGUUCAAGCGCAGUUAGAAACAUCACAAUAUAUAUGUACAUAUUUAUAUGAAAUCAUUAUUCGUUAUAAUUCGUAGUUCGUAGUUGUAACGAAUUUAUUUAAGAUACCUCGUUUAACAUCCAAAAUAUCCACUUUACAGACAAGCCGACUAACUUGGUAUAUUACUUAUAUGUACAUAUGUAUGUAAUAAAUGUUUUAAUAUUUUUUUUUAAUAUAUGUACAUAUAUGCGAUGUAAGAGAAACAUUAUUGUAUGUAAAUAAAGUCGGCAAACUGCACUAAUGUAUGUAUGUAUAAUGUAUAUUCCUAAUGCAUUAAUGAACUUGAUUUUAUUAUGUUAGAUAAAGUUUAGUUUAGCUGAAAGGUAUCAUUUCAUUGAUUGAUUGCUAACAUUGGAUACAAAGUGUGGAAAAUAAAAUAAAAUAAAAUAUCUGGUACUCCAUAUUGAUUUAAAAGAUGUAAUAUGAAUUGCUUCUGUAAUUGUUUAUUCGCACUAAUUAUUAAGAAAGAGUCAAUAAUAAUAAAUAAAUUCUUUAUAGAGCUUUGUUAUCAAUUCUUAUUGUCGCUGUAUUGUACAUACAUGCAUAUGUAUGUAUAUUGUACUCAAUGAAUAAUAGUUUUGUAAAGAAUUAAGGCCAACUGCUGCAGUAUUUUUGUAUAUAUGUACAUUUUUAUAGUCAAUUUAAGCUGUCAUUCUAUUAUAUCUUCAGUUUGCACUAACAAGAUUGCUUUAAGUAUGUUUGUACUUAUACAUACAAGAGAACAUACGAGCAUUUAAAAAUAGCUAAUAAAUCUAUAACUGGCAAUAUGUUGAAAUGGUUUCAGUUAACUUAUGUUAAUUGUGGCAAUUUGAGUUAUACAGACCAACAUUUUCGAGAUUCCAAGAUGUAUUCUAUGUUAAAGAAUGCCUUAAAUUCGGAACAUAAAAGUUCUAUCAAAUAUAAAUGUAUAUGGAAUAUAUAAAUGCUCACCUUAGCUGAAGUCGACUUAGCUACUUUGAUAUAUUGUCACUGUAAAUAUGUGCAUAUAUUUAUAUAUACAUAUAUAUUAUGUUUAUUGUUUUGGAAGGAAGUGAUAGUAAUAGCAGCCACUGUUUGUCGUAUUGAAAAGCAGUAACCGAUAAAACCAUAAACAGUCAUAUGUACUUGCAUAUAUGUUAGUAUAUGUAUGUGUACAUUUGCAGACAUGUACAAUACAACUUGUCACAAUCAUGGUUGGAUAUUGUUAGUAUGAAUAAGGUUUUUUGUAACGAAAAUGACACCGAUCUUUAUUGACUCGCCUUUUAUUCAGUGAUACGAAGAACGCCAGUUUACAUUAACUAGUUGGCUUUGGUGGAAAACAAUCUUGAACUGUUCCGGUUUAGGAAUAUAUGUGAACAGUAUAUGGAUAUUCAUGCAAGCAAAGCAGUUUACCUAUAUUAGACUUGAACGAACUACUUAUUCGCAGCCGAUAUUGAAGUUUAUUGACUUCAUUGGUAAUUACUGGAAAACUUUAAGUUAUACAUAUACAUAGCCACGAAUGCUUUUCGAUGAUGUUACUGCCUUCGGGGCGUUCAAACAGUGAUAGAAUACCAUCUCCCCAAUUGGUAGUCACAGGCACUAAUAAUUUGAAAAUUUUGCAAACAACGGCAUCAAUAACAUCAAAAAAUAAUGGAGCCGUGCCAACAGUGGACACUAAAUCUUUAUUACCCGGUAAUCAGAGUGAAAUCGGAGUCUGUUGUAGCGCUCGUUUUAACUUUACCCCAAAAUUGCCAGGUUCGAUUGGUACUAUGGCAGAAGACUAUUCCAUUUUGAGAAAUGCCGAAAGUUGGGAAGAAAUUGGUCAACAAUUACAAGCAUUACAGGAAAAUCUGAAGGAUGACUGGACUGUUCAUAUGGGUAAAGAGGGCCGGCUAUAUUAUUGCAACCACGUUGCAAAGAUAUCCAGUUGGUUACCAUCUAGCGAAGACUGGAGCAAAUAUGAAAAAUUGCCUUAUGGUUGGGAAAGGGCCAUUGAUUCAAAAGGAAGGUCAUAUUACAUAAAUCACAUAAAUAAAACAUCAACAUAUGAGGCACCUGAAAAUAUAGAAUGUGAUGGCAAUCCACCCGAACCAAGAAUGGUGACUCUUCAGCGCAGCCCUACUCUAGGCUUUGGUUUUGUUGCUGGUAGUGAAAGGCCAGUCAUAGUGCGUUUUGUUACAGAUGGUGGACCAAGUAUGAAUAAGCUUCAACCCGGGGAUCAGAUUCUCUCAGUAAACGGAGAAGAUGUGAAAGAAGCUCCUCGUGAUCACGUUAUUCAAUUGGUACGAGCUUGUGAGAGCGAAGUAGCAAUAUUGGUGUGCCAACCGACACAUAACUUAGCACCUGGUCGUAAAUCUACACUCCUCUCAGCGGGAAAACGAGCGAAAUUACGGACGCGACCAAGUCGAGUACGCUUUGCUGAAAGUGUUUGCGUUAAUGGAUCACCCUUAUUUCCGGCAUCUGCAUUUUCAUUGGGUGACAUAUGUGUACCGCCAAUGGCAAAUGUGCUAAAAGUAUUCCUGGAAAAUGGACAAACAAAGUCGUUCAAAUACGAUUGCUCCACCAGUGUGCAGGAUGUAGUGCGUUCCCUUCUGGAUAAGUUGUGCCUUUCCACAGGAGAAAUCUUUAGUCUCGUAUUGGAACAUGUAAAAAGUUUAAAACGGAAUAAGCUCACAUUACUAGAUCCUGAGGAAUCUUUGGCGCAAAUAGCUGCGCGGCCUGGUGCUCAUAAGCUGCGAUGUCUAUUUCGAGUGACUUUUGUACCGAAAUCCGCUGCCGAUUUGGCUCAGAAAGAUUUGAAUGCAUUAGAUUAUUUAUAUAUGCAAUGCUGUAAUGAUGUUACACAAGAACGCUUUGCACCCGAACUUCAGCCAGAGGUAGCAUUAAGACUAGCAGCAUUACAUAUGCAUCAGCAUGCAUUAGCUAAUAACAUUGCACCAACAAAAUUGACAGUUAAAGCUGUUGAGCGAGAAUUUGGUUUAGAAAGAUUUGUGCCCAUAUCUUUAUUUGAGGGAAUGAAACGGAAGGAACUUAGACGUUUGAUAUCACACUUUCUAAAAUUAAAUGCAGAAAUGACUGGCUCAUCCACUAAAGUUUUAACACAGUUACAGGCAAAAUUACACUACUUAGAUAUUAUCUCAAAUUUACCCAGCUAUGGCGCUAAAUGUUUCAGUACAAACCAAAGAGAAGGUGUUGAACGUGUUUUACUUAUUAGCCCGCGCUAUGGCUUGAGUCAAAUACCAAGUGUGCGAAAUUCGGUGCCUCAACCUAUAUCAGCUAUUGAGGAUUUUAGUCAUGUUACUGUCAAUCGUGAAGAUGACGUGUCUUGCAGUGUCACAAUUUAUAUGCAAGGAGGCAAGGCAGUUAAAUUUUUGAUGGAGGAUCGUGACGCAUGUGAAUUUUCAUUAGUUUUGGCCGGUUAUCAUCGUUUAUUAACAGGAAAACUUCUCACUGUUGAACGAGAACGAGAUCAACACCCUGAAGACAAUGCACCAUCGUAUUUAACUCAACACACCGUCAUACCAGCCGUUUGGAGUUAUUUACUGCCUUUUCAUAAUCGAACUCACAGUAUAACAUUCCUAUUGUUGCCCCCCUAUCAUCUAAAAAAAGACGCAACAAUCUUGUUUGGAAGCCAAAAUCAAAACAAUUGUUCUGAUUUAAAUUCUUUAAAUAAGGCAGAUAGUAACCAAAAUCCUAAGAUAAUACCAUUUAUUAGUAACGGUAUUACAGACCUAGAUAUUCAUAGUGUUAUGGCCACGGAAUUAUUGGAGGAAGCAAAAGAUUCCAGUAUAAGCGACGGUAGCGGUGGUGGUAGCAAUAAUUGUGACCGAUUGAUCAAUUUGGAAACAAAUGCUUUUAUAGAGGCUAAAAAUGUAGAAGUACUACGCCGUGUUCACGAAAUGCAAAAACUGGUAGAAAACUCCGAACAAUAUUUAAAUGAGCAGGGUGAGAUGGUUCCUGAGUCGGAUGAUAUCAAAUUUAAUAGUAGUAUACAUUUGUGGCAAAAUGAACCUAUAAAUAGGGAACCAAAUAUCAAUAAAAUAGGCAAUUCCCUGGAUUUCGAUAGUGACUGCGAUAGUAUGAAUAGUAGUAAAGUAUCAUCAACCGAGGAUACUCCUCAACUGGGAGCUCUUAAGCAUAGUGAUUCAUUAGUUUUACUGGCAGAAUCGAUAAACCAAGAUUUAAAUGGCAUAACACAAAGUCUGAAUUCGAUCGGGAGAAAACAGUCAGACCUAUCGAUUACCAUUUCUAAUAUUAGUACUUGUAGUCCGCAGCCAGAUCGGAAAUUUAAUAAUAUCGGGCAAAUACUGAGUGAUCUGCAAACGAGUGCAGACUUUUCUCAAAGUGAAAGCGAUUCGGAAUCAGUUAAUUCUCCAACAAGCUCCCCUAUAGCUCGCCGACCAGUAAUUCUAUGUUCUAAUGACAGAAGAAAUAGCCAUAAACAGAAUUUGGCUUAUCGAAGCAGCUUUGGACUGCACAGUCCCGAUGGCAAUAAUUUUGGAUCAGAUAACAAAGACUAUAAUUUAAAAGAAUACUUAAAACAACUUAAAGAAAUAAGUAAUGUUCAUGACGGAAGUCAGGAUACAGAUGUUGCAGCAAAAAAACUGUCUGAAAUUUAUGGUUUUGAAGUUCAUGGUGACACAUUUAUCGCAACUGAUACUGAUUUAAUUGAUUUGCGUUCUAUACCACCUCCACGUACUCCAGAUGAAUUAGAUGCAAUAUCCUUACUGAAUGCUGCCCCGCAGGGUUUCGGUGAUGGGUCAAAGAAUAUUUUAACGACCAAUGACGAAAGUGAUCUAGAUGCAUUCCUAGCAAACAUUAUUGUGGCGCCGCCGGCACAAAGAGCGACUCCAGCAAAAGAAUUAACACCAGAGGAAAUAAUGUCAUUUAUUAUUCCUCCACCACCCGACCAAGAAGACAAUAAAAAUAAGGCAAAAGCACCAACUGAAAAUCUAUAUAGCAAUUCCAUUUCAGAAACACGAGAACACUUUAAUGAAUCUAAACCUUUAAUUUCUGAAAACUUGCUCUCCAACCGAAAUCAAUUAAACAAGCUAAAUAAGUGUGAAGAAGAACAUGUGAUCGUGUACUCAACAGUCGAACGCAAGGGAAAGUUUUCUUGUUGUCCAAAAUGUGUAAAAGAUAAUACUGAAAAUGUUUCAGAAUCAAUUAAAAUUGAUCUUGAGGUGCCACCACGUUUUCAAUCCAUAGACAAACCAACUCCUCCAGAGCGGCCGCCAAAAAGUGCAGAGUUGAUUCAACGUUAUUCCCCAAAAAGAGCCCAAGGCACAGUUGCUGAAAUACAAAAUCACGAUGAAAAAAUUAAAGAACAAGAACAAAUAUCCCACGAGGAGCGGCCACCAUUAUUACCACCAAGGGUUAAAAUGUUCAACCGUUUGGAUAAAAACUCUUCCACUCCAUCGGUGAGUGAAGCUCCACAAAAACCUCCUUUGCCGCCAAUAGCCAACCGUUCCACUCAGCGAAAUAUAUCAGUAAAUGUAAAAGAUUUAAACAGUGAAAGCCUUUCACCUGUUCCGCCAUUGAUUCCUCAAUGCGUUCUCCCGGUAUCUUACCCUAACCUAAACUCUAAUUAUUCCUGCAACAUGCAACAUGAAAUUCACCCGAUUACUAUUGCAUCGAAAGAUAAUCUUCCAAUAAAAAAUUAUUGUCCCUUGACUUAUCUUCAGAAGUCAACAUUCGAUAAAUCUCCUCCUUUAUCUUUACUCAGUUCGCCUCAAAUAUCAAGAAAAAUUGAAAGUUCUGGUUCGGUGUCCAUUCCACUAAAUUCUGUUAUAUCACAAAAAUUUGGAGAGAAAUAUAUUAUAAAGAAUGGCCAUGUUAUUGACAGCGAAGCACUGUUGAAUAAAACCGAUAUAGCAAUGUCAGGACUGUUGGUGAAACUUGAUCAGGUAGCCGCACAAUGUUCAGCAGCGCAACUCGCAGGUGGUGGUGCCAAUAUUGACGAAGAUAAAUUUCAGCGAGCCCGGAAUGAACUGACAGAACAAACAUUGAUGCUAGUGACUGCGUCUAAAUUUUUGGUAGUAGCAAUGUCGGACAUGACAUUAUCGACGUUGCCAGAACACCUCACUUCUUGUCUCACAGCGAUUCGACGUAUUACUGAACUAACACAAGAUAUGACACUCCAUACCUCGUCACCCCUACAAACUCGAAACAUUGUUCUUAAAGUUCAUGACGUUGGAUCUAGUUUCAGAGAAUUAGUAGGAGUGCAAAUCGGCCCAUUGGGUGCUGGACAACUUGCGUUACAAGCUGAAUGUUUGGCUAAUGUGUUGGCAACUUUACUGCGAAGUUUACGGGUAUUCUCACCAUGAAUAUGUGCAUUCGUAAC